UCUUGUGUGACACGCCGUGUGUGUUGUGUGUGUGUGUCUCCCCCUCCCCCCCGCCCCAUGUGUCCAGCGGCACACAAUGGGUCUUCACCGCGUGUAUAGACGCUAAUAGCAUUGGCCCUCUCGGCCUUACAUAUCAUUGCUGUCUCCACUUGAUAGCUGGCCUCCAUGACUUACACGACCUGACCGCUAAUUUGUUAUUGUUUUCAUCUGCUGCUGAGAGCGUCGUCGCCGCCGCCAUGUUGGUCAGCUUGACUUGAGCUUAACGUGACCACCAGAGGUCAUGCUAGGCUCACUGUUGUUGUUGUUGCACGUGUUCACCAGCACUUGAUCACCAUCUCUGUUCACUUGCACUCUUGCUUCACGCCCUGGGGUGCCCACGCACCCGCACGCCCACACCAUGUUUGGCUUCGGUGGGCGAUCACCAGGGCGGCUGGCUACUACGCCCCCGGGACCAGCACCGCCUACGCCUAUAGGUCACCCCUUCUUCAGUGGAAGUCCAGCACAACUACAAGAUGCCAACAGUCUGGACUCAUCAAGCAGCAGCUCCAUUCCCUUCUCCCUGGGCUUGCGUUCACCGGGGAAGGUAUCUCCACUACGAGGGCGGACCAUGAAGGAGUAUGAGGAGCAACUAGGCAGCCUCAAGAAGGAGAAUUUCUCACUUAAACUGCGCAUCUACUUCCUUGAGGAGCGCAUGGAUCAGAAGUAUGAUAAGGAGGACAAGGACGAACUCUAUAAAACUAAUAUUGAACUCAAGGUUGAGACAGAGGCGCUGAAGCAAGAGUUGUACGACAAGCAAGAGUUGGUGCGGCAGGCGUCAACGGUGCUGUCAGGGUUGGAGCAGCAGUUCAAGGAGCAGGUGGCACAAAUUCAAGAAAAUCAUGAGCAGGAGAAGGAGAAGCUGCAGAGUCAGGUCCAGCAGCUGCAGUCAUAUAUCCAGGAGCUGCAGAAGGAAGUUGACGAAUAUGCCAACCGAUGUCACGAAGAAAAGGGCCAGCUUGGCGAGCUAACUCAACUGUGUGGUCUGGCAUUCAGCAAUGGAGCAGAGGAUGAGGACGAGGCAGAAGCUCAGGCACCUUCUCUCUCUAAGGACAAUUUGAGUCUACCGCUGAAUCUUGCAGGGUUCACGAGCGGUUACAGCACUCCAUCACCUGUGCAAGGAAUAUUCAGCAUGCCAACCACGAUGUCGGAACCAGCUGUCCUCAAGAAGCCACAGCCUGAGUUUACAUCGGCCAAUGACAGUUUCAAUAAGGCUAAGAGUGAAGUCACAGAAUCAGCCGAGCAGAAGGUGGUGGCUCUGGAAGCCCAGGUGGCUGAGCUAAAAAAUCGAGUGACUGAACUUGAGGAAGAACUGGCUGCAAAAGAAGAAACUACAUCUGUAUUAGAGGGAGAUCUUGCCAAUUUAAGGAAGGAGUUGGAAGACAAAGUAGAAAAGAUAGCAGAUCUGGAGGCGGAAGUGACGGAAAAGGACUUGAAAAUCGAUGAUGUGAUGCAGGAGCUGGAAACGCGGCACAUAGAGAUCCAAGCCAAGGAUGACCAGAUACAAAGCCUCCAUCAUGAUUUAGAUAGAGUUGAGCCAGAAAUAGAGGUCAAGGUUCAAGAAAUUGUGGAGCGUGAUCGAAUCAUUGAAGAAAAAAUAGAGCAAAUUGAACAGCAGAACAAAAUUCUAGUGGAAAUCCAAAUUACAUUAGAUGAAAAACAGAAGCAAAUUGCUGAUAUGGAACACAAGAUUACAGAAUCAAGUGAAAAGAUAAAGAAGCUCACAGAGAAGCUUGAUAAAUCCUGUAAAGUUAUUCAGACAUUUGCAGAAGUUGUUCAGGCUCGAGAUAAAGAAAUUGCUGCUCUGACAAAAGAAUUAAAACGCAAAGAAAAGAAAGUCCGAGACCUCGUGGCAGAACUGAAGGAGGCUCUCGACAUGCUGAACAAGGCAAAAUGGGAAGCGGAGACAAGUGGUGGUGAAGAUGGUGUCAAGGAAAUGGCAGAAGAGGAGAAUGAGCGAUUAUGGGCAGAAUUGGAGUCCCGCAAGAAUGAGGUGCUGGCACUGCGGGCAGAACACAAACACUCCUUAUCUGAGGCUGAGGAGCGUGUACAUCAACUUCAGAAACAGUUGGAUGAAAAACUAAAAGCCCUUGAAACUCAGCAAGACCAACACAAUAAAGAGACUGAGGAAUGGGAGGUGCGUUUGCGUGAUAAGGCCCAGCAACUAGCACGCCUUGAAGGAGAACUUCAGACACUUCACGGUGAUAUGUCUAACAGGGAGGGACAGUUGCGCACUAAUCAAGGACUUGUUCAAGGAUUAGAAGAUGAACUGGCUGCAGCUAAAGACCAACUGAAGGAUAAAAAGGCAGAAUUGGAAAUUCUUCAGGAAGAACUGAAAAAGAAAAAUAAUGACAUGCAGGAUUUGGUGAAUCAUGAGUUGUGGGAAAGGAAUAGGGAGAUUGAGCGUCUACAGGAAAAACUCAGUGCCUUAUCAUCAGAUCGUCGCCAUCAAAUUGAAUGCUUGAAGGAUGAAUUAGAAACCAAGAAUAGUGAAUUAAGGAGACUGAGAACUAGGUUAAAUUGUGAGACUUCUGAAACUAAUGAUGGCAACCAGAUAGCAUUAUGCUCUAAAGUGAAUAACACCCAGUCUGCAGUAAAUCCCACAGCAAAUAACCAACCCAAGAAUGCUGCUCAUUUGACAGUAGUUACGGGAUCUGGAGGUGCUGAUGUAGUUACUGUAAAUCGUCCAUUACAUCUGACAUUCACUGAUGAUAAUUCUGCUUCUGUGCAAAUGCUUUAUCAGGAAAUGUGUAAAGUUAGGGGUGAGGCACAAGCAUUACGCAUGGAAAGAAGUAUAUUAAAUGAUAAACUCUCAAGUUUACAAAAAUCAUAUGACCAAGUUUGCCACGUAAGUGCACCAAGUGCUAACGAACUUCAUGAACAAAUGGACUCUGUUAAGAAGCAACUUGAUGAAACCAAAGAAGAAAAUCUGCUAAAGGACCAGAAGCAUGGAGAGAUUGUCAGUGAUUUUCAGUCUCAAGUACAAGUUCUGCGAACUGAACUUCAUAAUGCAAAGAAAAAAAUUAGCCGCCAGUUAACAGAAGUCAGUGUGCGUAAAUACCAGGAAGCUCUGAAACGACACAAACAAGAAAUUGCCUCUCUGAGAAAAAGGCUGGCAGAUUCACACAAUGCAUGUGAUCUACUCAGAACUCGACUAGAAGAACUAGCAGACUUCUUGGAGCGUAUUCUAGAAAUGGAGGAGAGAGGCCUCAUUAAUUUAAGUCAGUUGUCUCCAAAGCAGCUAGCCUCGUUACAGAAAACUCUUGACGAGUCUCGUGCACUUUCUCGUUCACUAUCACAAUCACUAAUGAUUGGUAUGGACAUCACUGAACAUGGUGAUGAUGCACAUCUGUCUAGUUCAGUGAGCUCCAUAUCAUCUUGGAGCCUACAAAGAGAUGAUAGUUUUUCUGAAACACUUGAUUAUUUAGGAGCUAGUAGUCUUGAAGCCAUAGCUAACCUUCCUGAUGAGACAUUGUUACAGCCAGAGGAUUCUCAUGAUCCAGCUGUUCAAGCACUUGCCACACAGCUCAACAUUCAAAUUGACCAGAAAACACGAGAGAUUGAUGCCAUUGCUGAGAAUGUGUCGGUAUUAAGUGAAAAGCUAGCAGAGAGAAUACAGCAAGUGGAGCAACAGGCAGGAGUUAUUGGUGAACUACGAGAACAAGUGGAUUGUCUUCAGGAGGAAGUAAAACGUAGGGACCUUCAGCUUCUAGCACCUCAUGUUGACGAAGGUGAAAACAGCCAACAUCCUCUACAGAGCUCUUGGCAGAGUAGUAUAAACCCAAUUGCAACAUCAUCUCAGAGCACUGUGCAUGCUGUUUCUCCUCAGUCUACACUGGGAACUCAUAAUUCAAGCAGCCAAGAAAGUCUUCACAAGCCUCCCAGUAUUUGUUCUGACUCAUUGCCUCCUCCACCUCUUCACCUCCUUCAGGACAGCGAGUGUGAAAUCAGACCCGAUAUUAGGGAGUUGGAGAUUUGUCACGCAUCGGAUCGUAGCAGCCUGAGUGCAGUCAAAAGUGCAUACUCAACUGAUGCAGCUAUAAAGGCUUAUAGUGGGCACCUAGGUUACUUUCAGCAGUAUGCAACAACUGGUGAACAAAGUAUUGGUGAUGGACUAAAGCCAUGGAAGGAAAAUGCAAAUGGGCCUAUGACCUGUGCGAUACCUGAACAACCCUGGGCACCCAUUUCACCAUCUGAAAGUGAAGCUUGGAGUGAACCUGACAGAAAUGUAUCUUUAGCAAGAAUUGGACUUGAUGCUUGUACUCUUGGGGGUGCCCCAGAUAGAGCAUUAUCACGAUCUCGCCAGCAGAGAGCAUCUGCAAUUACUUCAGAAUCUGAUGGUGAGGCUGCACAUGAAGACACUGCCACUUGUGUUGCUAAUAACGUACUAACGCCAGGAAAAGCCUCCAAGAGGCGAUCUGAUGUUGCAGAACUUCGACGAGUAUCCACAAAACUGCGUGCUGUAGAACAACUGAAUGACACUCUCCGUGCAGAAUUGAACAUAUAUCAAACAUUGAGUCAAGAAAUGGCUCAACAACAGCAUGAUCAGCAACAGAGACCUAAGACUAGUGAUAAGAGUGUUGAAACACACAAGGGAGAGACAGCAGAUGCCUCGGUAGGUGCUGAAGAAGAACCUACAAUACCACCACCACCACCCAUAUUUGCUAUUCCUGCACCAUUGUUAGAAGAGAUUCGUGCACUGCGCCUUAAACUAGAAGAAGCAAUUGCUAACAAUGACCAUCUUCGAGAUCAACUUGAAGCAGCAUUAACAGCACAUCCACAAGAUGAAGCACGGUUCCAUCACCUUACUGCUGCUUUGCAGACAGCUCAAGAAGAAAUGCGUGAAGCAAGAGAUAGAUUGCAAGGGUCACAGGAAUCUGUUCGUGAGCAGCAAGAAAAAUAUAACAAUAUUCAAUUUAAGCUCCAAGAGUGCGAGGGCCGUCUAACACAAUGUUAUAUCCAACUUGAAGCUGCACAAACUGAAUCACUAGCUGUAAAAUCUGAUUUGAGUAAUGCUCAUCAACUGUUGCAAGAGAGAGGCUUGCUAUUACAAGAACGUGAUUCACAGUUGGCAGAAAGACAGCAGACUAUGAAUGAAAUGGCACUCAAAAUUAUUCAGCUUGAAAAAGAUGCUGUUAAAAAUCCAGAUCUGGAUGAACACUUGCAAAAACUACAGAGCGAGUUACAAAAGCAAGAAAUGCGUUUACUUCAAGUCAACAAAGAACGUUUGUCUCUUGUUGGGGAGCGUGCUUGUCUACAGGCACAGCUGGCCUCUGCCUCGACCCAUGCUCGUUUACUUCAAGAUGGCAAACAAGAUGUAGAUGGAGUGGGAGAAGAGCGUAUUACUUUACUUCAGCAACUUGAUGUUGAGCGUACUACAGUAUCAAAUCUGCAUAAGGAGCGACAACAGCUGCUAACAGAUAAGGAACGUCUUGAAAAGGAAAUGCAAGUGUUGCAAGAGGAAGUAGCAGGUUUACGAGCAAAAAUUGAACACCUCACAUCUCAUCAGGAUUAUGCUGGUCAACAAGCUGACAGAGAGAAAAGGAACUUGACAGAAUUACAAAAUGAAUAUACUACACUGCAGCGUAAUCGUAAUGAGCUCCACUUAAAGGCUCAGAAUCUUGAGAUUCAGUUGCAAGUCAUGACAGAGAAGCACAAAACUGCAGAAGAUGCACAGCUUUGUUUAAUUGAACAAAAGUCUCUUGUGAAGCAACUAACUGCACAACUCGAUUCAGAACGUUGUCUCACCGCAAAUCUUCAGUUACAGCUCAAGACCCUUCGAAGCAGUACAUCACCAACUACCUCUCAAGGUGAUGAUUCUGUUGUUCCAAAUGAAAGUGAUCACGCGUCACACGAAAGUGUCACCAGCAUCGAGUUCUUCCGCCCAUUAUCUGAAACAGGUUUAUUACACAAGCAUAGAGCCACAUCACUCAGCCCCACGUCUGGAGACAAAAGUAAAAUACAGGAACGUCGUGCUGCAAGUAGUAGCCGUAGACGAGAGAGCAAUAAACGGAUCAACCAUUGGAGUGAAGAUAAAGAGAACCACCAAAUUGCCACCACCACCACAAUUACCACCACCACUAGCAGUAGCAAAAAAAAUCGACGCCUUCACAGUGGCAUUUCCAGCGAUGGAAUAUUUGCACAACAUGCCGCUCAACCCCUACUACUUCACCAACCUGACGAGGAAGGUGAUGGAGGUACAACUUCUGGUGAAUCGCCUGACUUGGGUAUUGGAUCAGACUAUCCCUUUUCCAGCUUGGAAAGAGGGACCCGCACACUGCGCUCACUCGUUCACACUGCUCAAGAUCUCCCACCACCUCCGUUGUGCUCCGAACCUAAUCUCCAGCAGUUGCUGAGUCACAGCAUUUUAAGUGAGGAGAAUCAACAGUUGCGACUGGAGCGGGAUAAUCUGACAUCUAAGUUGGCCUCUACAAAGGAAACAUUGAAGAACACAGAAGAGAAGCUAUAUAAAGCAAAUCAGCGCAAGGAAAAUGUUGAAAGAGCUAUUUGUAAACAACUGUACAAGACACAUGAUGUGUUAAAGAAAGCAAACACACAGUUGAAGCAAGUAAAUACUCUUCCUAAAUAAAUUUAAUAACUGAAUUUUAUGAGGCUAUUUGAUAUGUGAAAUAUUCGUUUUCCAGUUUGACAUUUAUUUUGUAUUAAAUUGGAUCUUAGAUGUGAAAUAAUAUACAUGUGCUGGCCAUUGAUAAAUUUAGUAGUGCAACAGAUGUUGAUAACAGUUUCCAGAGAGAGCUCGGUCAAAACAAUACAUAUACUGUACGUAGUGCAAAUUACAAGUGUCGGAACUACAAAUUUCUACGUGUAAUUUGAAAUGUACCUUGUGUUGUGUUGUGAUGAAAUUGUGAAGACAAUCUCAAGUGUCUAUUGCUCCAAACUAUGGCUGUAUGACUCUUGCUGUGUACCGUCCUCCAUAUUAUUCUCAACUGUACAGUAUACUGGUAAGUGAUAAAAGAAUACUGUACUCUGUAACAUAGCAUCAGGUAUAUUCCUCACUCUGUGAUAAUUGGAAUACCCUAGGCAGGUCUGAUACUUGGCUUUAUCCAUCAGUGUUUGUAAAUUUUAUUGGACUUUUCAGAAGGAUGGCAUCAUAUUGUUAAACAUAUGUUCAUAUUGUAUAUUUGGUGCUGAUUUGCAACUAUCCAUCCUAAAGUAUUGUUGGCACGGUGUUGCCAAUUAUGGUAAGUUAGCACUGUUGUGUGUCUUAUGUCAGGUCCCCCCUCCCCCUUCUGUGAUUACAAUAGCUCAUAUCAGGUUUCUUUAUCAAUCUUUAAGGAUUAUUUAAUAAUAGAAUUGAAUAUGAUUAUUGGUUCCAGACUUAGGCAUAUAUUCAUCACAAGCACUAUUUUCUCCAGACAUUCCAGCUGUCAGUAAUGCACAACUUUAGUAAUGAAGAUCAUCAGCUAAAGUUAUUUGAAGGGCUAUCUUCUGUGUUGUAACAUUUUUCAAUAUCUUUGGUCUGGUUAGAUUACAAAUGUUUAUAGUGUGAUUUUUAUAUACAGUACUUAAGAUCAUAAUUAUACAUUGUAAAGAUUUCAUUUAACCAAUUUGUUAUAAGAUUACUUUUAAUUAAAUGCUGGGAAAACUUUCAUGAACUGUAAAUCAAUGACUUAAGUAUGAUAGUAAACUGGGUUUGAUGGUUUUGGUUAAACCGUGACGUUCUUUUCGUGUGGCUGCCGUUUAGGACUCGGCUGUGUGUCCACGAAUAAAGCGUCUCUUUCUGUUUGGUACCAGAAACACGAAGUGUACACAUAAUAUCAAGUCCUUUAUAAGCAACUGCCUGCGACUUGUGCACAACUACUACUGCCUCUAAUCCAGUCUGUUGUAUUUUCUUAAAAUUGGAUUAUGAUUUACAUGUAUAUUUGUAAGUGCAGUACUAUUUAUUGUAAGGACACUGAAAAUGUUCUUGUGAUGAACACAAACCUUUUACAUUUGUUGUAUUUAUAUUACCUAACCACUCCACAUUGGUUUUAAUGAUUAUCCAAUAAUUUGUAUAUUUAGAACACCAGGCAUAUAGGAACCUUUUAAUUCUUAAGUGUGCUUGUAUAAAAUCGGAAAUGUGUAUACUGUAUAUUUUGUACCGAGAUGGUUGUCUUCCACAUUUUAUUAUGUACAAAGUAGGUUAAAAGUAUGUGUAUUUAGUGCACAUGGGCCUCAAGUGAACUGAUAUGUAUUAUAUAGCUGAACUGAUAUGAAGCUUAAAACAUGAAA